AUGGAGGUGGCAUUACAAAGUACCAAGCAUAGAAUUAUGGAGAAAAGCAAGGCAGGAGCCAAUGACAGUGCAGAUAAACUGGAGAAGGUGGCACUGGGUGUGACACACGCUGUGAAAGGCUCACCCAAAUACGGCGCACAAAGAGUGUCUAGGGGCAAGAGAGGGCUGUUUGCUCUAAACGACAUCCUGUCCACAGUGACAGGCAGAAGUGCCCUGUUGGACUACAACGGCUACGGCUGUUACUGUGGGUUUGGGGGGUCCGGAACUCCUCUCGAUGAUACGGACAGGUGUUGCCAAGUUCACGACGAGUGCUAUGGCAGAAUUGAGAGUUGUAGCCCCUACACAGUCUUCUACGACUACGUCUGCUGGAGCAAAAACUGUUUCUGUGGGUUUUUCAACACGUACUGUGGCAAUCAAGCCUGCAGGUGUGACCUUGACUUUGCUAACUGCGCGGCUGCCAGUAAUUUCAUACCGGCGUACAAGAAGUACAAUAAAACAAAAUGUUAA